AUGAACGAGUCGUACACCACGCAGUCCACGGGUCGACCCGUACCCGCCAGAUCCAGCAAUAGACCCGUCAGAGUUUCCCGUCCGACGCAUUCGAAUCGUGCCUGGUACUCCUCCGAGCUCUUUGCCUCGGCCCGGCCUCCGGAGUCGAAGCCGUCGGAGAUUUCACGGGCCGAGAUGGGCCCGAAGGAAGGCCCGUUUGUGGAUUUUGUUAGGAGGAAUUUGGUGAGGGCGAUGGUGACCCGGAUGCCCUUAUGGGUUAACCGAUUUGCGAAUUGGAGCAUGGGGUUCACGUGGCCUUGGGUUGGGUACGGAAUGAUUAAGCAGUGGGCUUUGUUCUUUCCCUUGUCGUCAUCCAUGGUCGUCAGUGCUUAUGGGACCAUUUAG